AUGAGCGAUGCAAAUGUUGUCACGCUACGAGAGGAUUCGUCUGACCUUCAAACGCAACUGGAACAACGGCGUAGCCAGGCACGAAACCUAGAACUGCAGGUGGCAAGGAAGGGAGCCGAGCUUCAACGUGCUAAGGAGGAGCAGGCACUUCUCAAGGAGCUCCGGACGGUGAAUGAAGUAACGCUACGCAAGAAGCAGCAGAGGGAUGGCACAGAAGACUGGAGGCCGCUUAAAAUCUCAGCAGAAUCUUUGGCGGAAGUUAUUGCCCUGGAGGAUGAAAUCAAGGAAGAAAACAGGCGGACGACGGAAUUGAAAGAAUCCGCUAACACCAUCAGCCGUCAGAUGGAGAGCGUGGAGCACGGCAUUGAAAAUGUGCUCAGCCGCAUGGCACUGGUGAAGGAUGUUGCAAGGUGGAAUAGGGAGGAGACCGGUGCUCUCGGUGGCGCAGUUGCCACAAAUGAAUGGAUUCUACGGAAGAGGAGCUUGACUGCGCUCAAUGAAGAGCAAAAAAAAGUGAAGGCACUCUCUGCGUUGUUAUCGGAGCGCAUUGAAGCCAUUAAUAAGGAAAUGGAGGAGCAUGAACAAAAGCAAGAACAGCUGGCCGUGGCACAGCGGGAUUUGGUUGAAGCCAAUGAUAAAUACGGGAAGCUUAUUGAAGAGCUGAAGUCUGCGGAGCGACUCAUUAAGAAGAAGGAGCGCAUGCUGGACGCCAACGUCAACAAGGAGUGCAAUGAGUAUAAGAAGGUUAAACAGUUGGAUGGGGACAAGAAGGUACUGUAUGGCACCCUCUCCAAAUUUCGUGAAUCCAAUGUAAACAACUCCAAGUCCAUCCUUUCUCUUGAGGUGCGCCUCAGGCAACUGGAAACCAAACUGGAGGCAGUAAACCUUUUUGUUCAGCAGGUGUUUGCCCAAGUGGAAGAGGAGGAGUUAAUGGAUGACAUUCCCGAGGAUGCCACAGAGGUCUCGUUGGAGCAGUUUGAGGAAAUUUGCCGCGACGUUGAGCUCGCGCGGGAAACGCUGAUUCAGCGCGAGAAUCAGCUCAACGCCCACGACGCGAAGGUCGAACAGCUGGGGCGAAAGAUGCUGAUUCUCCAAAACGCGAUUGCGUCUCGUGCCACCUCCGCUCAGCUUCAGAUCAAGGGGAAUGAGAAGGAGUUUGAAACGCUCAUCUCACACGUCGACUACAUGAAGGCAGAGUUUGACGAGGAGUACAAGAAACUGUCUCAGGAGAACGCGAUGUUGCAAAGCAAACUAGGGCAGAGGCAGUGA